GGUUUUUUACGCCAUUAAAAAGGCCAUCAACUCAUACAAGUAAUCACUACCUUCUUCCUUCAGCCUUCACUUCAGCAGCCAAAAUCUCUGUCAAAAAAAUGGAAGAGCUGAAGAAACCACAAAACCUAGAAACAAACAAACCAAUAUCAGCUGAUGAAGCUAACAAAGAAAAGAACAACAUUAAGCUCAAAUAUGUAAAGCUUGGUUACCACUACUUGGUCUCUAAUGGCAUUUACCUUAUUUUAAUCCCAUUUCUUGCCCUAAUUCUUGUUCAUCUGUCGACAUUUACUGUUGAAGAUGUGUUCAAGAUUUGGAACCAUCUCAAGCUCAUAAAUUUCAUAACUUUGUUCCUAUGUUCAUCCUCCAUUGUUUUUGCUGUUACAUUAUAUUUCAUGAGCAAACCAAGAAAAGUUUACUUAGUUGAUUAUUCUUGUUAUAAGCCGAAACCGCAUCGUAAGGUUACGAGAGAGCAUUUCUUACAGUUAUCUGCUGCAUGCGGGUGUUUUUCAGACAAAAGCAUGACAUUUCAAAGGAAGAUUCUUGAGAAAUCAGGGUUUGGUCAAAAGACUUAUGGACCUAAAGGGUUGAUGGAGAUUCCUCAAAAUCAGUCGAUGGCUGAGUCGAGAAGUGAGACUGAGAUGCUAAUAUUUGGAGCCAUUGAUGGGGUUUUGUUGAAAACUGGGGUUAACCCUAGAGACAUUGGGAUACUUGUGGUGAAUAGCAGUUUGUUUAAUCCUGCUCCGUCUCUUUCUGCUGUAAUUGUGAAUCAUUACAAGCUUAGAGGUAAUAUUUUGAGCUAUAAUCUUGGUGGAAUGGGAUGCAGUGCUGGACUUAUUUCUAUUGAUCUUGCUAAAGACCUUUUGCAGGUACAUCCCAACUCCUAUGCCCUGGUGGUAAGCACAGAAAACAUCACUAGAAACUGGUACAUGGGCAAUGAACCCUCUAUGCUCGUCACCAAUUGUUUAUUCCGUAUCGGAGCCGCCGCAAUUAUCCUCUCCAACCGCUCCUCCGAUGGACAGCGUUCGAAAUAUCAACUCAUCCACACCGUCCGGACCCACAAAGGCGCCGACGACAACAGCUACGCCUGCGUCACCCAAAGAGAAGACGAAAACCAAGUGGUCGGCGUCUCACUCUCAAAAGACCUCAUGGUGGUCGCCGGAGAAGCCCUAAAGUCGAACAUCACAACCCUCGGGCCACUAGUUCUUCCCGUCUCCGAACAGCUCCUAUUUUUCGCGACACUAGUGUCACGAAAGAUCUUUAAAAUGAAAAUAAAGCCAUAUAUACCCGAUUUCAAAUUAGCAUUUGAGCAUUUUUGCAUUCAUGCAGGAGGCAGAGGUGUUCUUGAUGAAGUAGAGAAAAAUCUUGCCCUAACUCCAUGGCUAAUGGAGCCUUCAAGAAUGACUCUGUACAGAUUUGGUAACACUUCGAGUAGCUCACUGUGGUAUGAAUUAAGUUACUCAGAGGCAAAGGGGAGGGUGAAGAAAGGUGACAGAGUUUGGCAAAUCGGAUUCGGGUCAGGAUUCAAAUGCAACAGUGCAGUUUGGCAUGCAUUGAGGACUAUUAAUCCUGACAAAGAUAAUAAUAAUCCUUGGAUUGAUGAAAUCAAUGAUUUUCCUGCUCAUAUCCCUAAAUUCACACCCAUAGUUUAUUGACAAACUACGUACGUACGCUGUUUUGUUUUUUGAAAUAAAAUUUAGGUUCUGCUUUCUUGUACUAGGGUUAAGAGUUUGAAUUGUACUAAAUCUUUAUCUUGUUUUUUCAAUUGAGUAACAAAAUGUUAAUUUAUGAGUAUUAAGUUUCAAGUGUCACUAAA